AUGCCCACGACGGCAAUCGAGCUCCCAAACCUGGGACAAAAUACUGGAGGAGAAAGACAACGAAAUCUCAAUUCCUCUAAUGCACCUGAGAUUGACGAGGUUAUGCAGCAAUCCCUCAUUGCCGAUUCACAAGUUCCCGACGGAGGCUAUGGCUGGAUUCUCAUCGGUGCAUGUGCCGUUGUGACCUGGUGGUUUGUCGGUGCCUCGUAUACAUGGGGUGUGAUGCAAGCAGAGCUAGUUGAUAAGGAGGGAUAUUCCUCUUCGACUUUGGCAUUUGUUGGAUCGCUAUGUCCGGCUUGUAUCUCUCUUCUUGCUGUUCCUAAUGCGAGGGUUAUUGGAAUGAUUGGAGCUCGCACGACAGCCAUGCUGGGUAUUUUCUUACUCGGUCUUGGUAGUAUCCUGAGUGGAUUUGCCACACAUAGUGUCCCUGGUCUCUUUAUGACCUGGGGCUUUGUUGGUGGUCUUGGUACUAGUCUGUGCUUCAUGGUGGUCUCUGUCACACCGGCUCAAUACUUCAAAGCAAAGCGUGGCAUCGCCAACGGGAUCGUCUACGCGGGUGGCGGACUAGGUGGCACGGUCAUCAGUUUUAUCCUCGAUGCCCUUCUCCAGAGCGUCGGCAUCGCCUGGACAUUUCGGGUCCUCGGAUUCCUGAUUUUGGCGACAGGACUUCCGGCUGCCUGGUUCAUCAAAGAACGCGCACCUAUUAAACCAGCAAAGAUAGUGGAAUGGAGUCUGUUCAAGGAUGUGCGCUUUGCAGUUCUCUUCGCUGUCGGCGUUAUCGGUACAUUCCCGCUCUUUGUGCCAGCUUUCUUUUUGCCAUUGUACACCAACUCUCUUGGCUUGCCAUCCAGUGCUGGAGCGGGUCUCGUGGCCGCGUUCAACUUUUCCUCUGCGAUUGGACGUCUUUCGUGCGGAUUUGCCUGUGAUCGGUUGGGAUCACUGAACACACUGUUCUUAUCAUUGCUGCUUAGUGCUUUGAGUAUCUUUGUGCUGUGGCCUGUUUCUACUUCCAUUGGGCCUUUGAUUGCGUUCACUAUCAUCAAUGGUUCUGCGAAUGGCGGCUUCUUUUCGACUAUGCCUACGGUCGUCGGAAACGUGUUUGGUUCGGCGAGAAUGUCUGUUGCAGUGGGCAUGAUUGUUAGUGGCUGGCUUGGUGGGUAUCUGCUUGGUGCUCCCAUCGCUGGUUAUAUCUUGAAUGCUUCUGGUGGCCAGGCUGGUGGUGUUAGCGCUUAUCGACCGGCAAUAUUUUAUGCUGGAUCCAUGGCCACGGCUGCGACUAUUUUGGCAGCAUUUGUGCGUAUUAAAGUUGAUCGGAGGAUCAAGAAGACCGUUUGA